CGCCCCCGGGUCUGUCCGCGGGGCGCCAUGGCCCCACCGAGGCCGGGCGCACCCGCGGGACCCCGGGCGCGUCGGCCCGCGCGCAGCUGAGAGGGGAGCAGCUUGGAGAGGCCGGGGUGCCUCUGGGAGCCCGCGCCAUGGAGCCCCCGGCCGCCUCCUCGGAGAGGAGCCUGUCUCUGUCCCUGCCCGGGCCCAGGGAGGGCCAGGCCACUCUGAAGCCGCCCCCCCAGCACCUGUGGCGGCAGCCGCGGACCCCCAUCCGUAUCCAGCAGCGCGGCUACUCGGACAGCGCGGAGCGCGCGGAGCCGGAGCGGUCGCUGCACCGGCCAAUAGAGCGCGCCGACGCCGUGGACACCGGCGACCGGCCCGGCCUGCGCACGUCUCGCAUGUCCUGGCCCUCGUCCUUCCACGGCACCGGCACGGGCGCCGGCGAGGGCGGAGGCAGCUGCAAGCGCUUCGAGGCCGAGAAUGGACCGUCCCCCUCGCCCGGCCGCAGCCCCCUGGAGUCGCAGGCGAGCCCGGGCCUGGUUCUGCAUGCGGGGGCCACCAGCCAGCGCCGCGAAUCCUUCCUCUACCGCUCGGACAGCGACUAUGACAUGUCACCCAAGACCAUGUCGCGGAACUCAUCGGUCACCAGCGAGGCGCAUGCCGAGGACCUCAUCGUCACGCCCUUCGCCCAGGUGCUGGCCAGCCUGCGGAGCGUGCGCAGCAACUUCUCCCUCCUGACCAACGUCCCCAUUCCCAGUAACAAGCGCUCCCCGCUGGGCGGCCCACCCCCGGUGUGCAAGGCCACGCUGUCAGAGGAGACGUGUCAGCAGCUGGCCCGGGAGACGUUGGAGGAGCUGGACUGGUGUCUGGAGCAGCUGGAGACGAUGCAGACCUACCGAUCAGUCAGCGAGAUGGCCUCGCACAAGUUCAAAAGGAUGCUAAACCGUGAACUCACACACCUGUCAGAGAUGAGCAGGUCGGGGAACCAGGUCUCCGAGUACAUCUCCACCACAUUCCUGGACAAGCAGAACGAAGUGGAGAUCCCGUCCCCCACGAUGAAGGAGCGAGAGAAACCGCCCGCGCCGCGGCAGAGGGGUCCCCAGCAGCCCCCGCCCCCUGGGCCCCAGUUCCAGCCCAUGUGCCAGAUCACGGGGGUGAAGAAGUUGGUGCACAGUGGCAGCCUGAAUCACUCCACCAUCCCCCGCUUUGGGGUGAAGACAGAUCAAGAAGAGCUCCUGGCCCAAGAACUGGAGAACCUCAACAAGUGGGGCCUGAACAUUUUCUGCGUGUCGGACUACGCCGGAGGCCGCUCCCUCACCUGUAUCAUGUACACCAUAUUCCAGGAGCGGGACCUGCUGAAGAAGUUCCGCAUCCCCGGGGACACGAUGAUGACGUACAUGCUGACUCUGGAGGGCCACUACCACGGGGACGUGGCCUACCACAACAGCCUGCACGCCGCCGACGUGCUGCAGUCCACCCACGUCCUGCUCGCCAGCCCUGCGCUGGACGCCGUGUUCACAGACCUGGAGAUUCUGGCUGCCCUCUUCGCGGCCGCCAUCCACGACGUGGACCACCCGGGGGUCUCCAACCAGUUCCUCAUCAACACGAAUUCGGAGCUGGCGCUCAUGUACAACGACGAGUCGGUGCUCGAGAACCACCACCUGGCCGUGGGCUUCAAGCUGCUGCAGGGCGACAACUGCGACAUCUUCCAGAACCUCAGCAAGCGGCAGCGGCAGAGCCUGCGCAAGAUGGUCAUCGACAUGGUGCUGGCCACGGACAUGUCCAAGCACAUGACUCUCCUGGCCGACCUCAAGACAAUGGUGGAGACCAAGAAAGUGACGAGCUCAGGGGUCCUCCUGCUGGACAACUACUCUGACCGCAUCCAGGUCCUGCGGAACAUGGUGCACUGCGCCGACCUCAGCAACCCCACCAAGCCGCUGCCCCUGUACCGCCAGUGGACGGACCGCAUCAUGGCCGAGUUCUUCCAGCAGGGCGACCGCGAGCGCGAGCGCGGGAUGGAGAUCAGCCCCAUGUGCGACAAGCUCACGGCCUCGGUGGAGAAGUCCCAGGUGGGAUUUAUUGACUACAUCGUACACCCGCUGUGGGAAACCUGGGCUGAUCUGGUCCACCCCGACGCCCAGGAGAUCCUGGACACAUUGGAGGACAACCGGGACUGGUACUACAGCGCCAUUCGGCAGAGCCCGUCGCCACCGCCGGAGGAGGACCCCGGGGGACCCGGCCACCCGGCCCCCCCAGAUAAGUUCCAGUUCGAGCUGACGCUGGAGGAGGAGGACGACGACAACGAUGAUGAGGUCCCCACGGCCCGGGUCGCCGUCACAGUGCAGGAAUUGUUUACAGCCCAGGAGGCAGCCCUGACCGAGAUGCCCUUGGACGUGCAGGGCCAGGACACAGAUGGGGAGGUGGAGGCAGGGGAAGUGUACUCGACGCAGCCAGCCUCCCGGGAAGGGACGGCGCCUCCCGCCCGGGACGAGGGCACGUUCCGAGACGCCGUGAGCCGCGGCUGCUGCCACCCUGCUCUGCCCCCCAAGGGUCCCCUUCCGCCGGCCUUGAGGACCCCGUCCCCGCAAGAGGAGACCCCGGGCCUCCCGGGCCUCCCCUCCACGGCGGCCGAGGUGGGGGCCCAGAGAGAGCAACAGGCUGCCAAGAGGGGGUGCCGCACGUGCACGGGGACAUCGGGCGAGGGCCCACCCGUGCUUCCAGUUCCUGGGGGGUGGGCAUCAGCGGGAGACCCCACCUGAGCCGCCAGCCCCCUGUCCCCGCCUCCCCCCCCCAUCGCCACCCCCGGCCCUCUCCGCCACCUCUGCUGCCUCCAAAACUCUUGGGCCUGAGAAAAAAGCAAAUGGAAAAGUGGGCUUUU